AAUGGAUCAGUAGCCGACCGUGGAUCGCGAGGAAAAUUCUUGGAAGAAUAGCAAGGGAAGAAAAAGAAGAUUCGUCUAAGGAGACAGCCAUGAAGUUGCCGCUUUUGCAGCUCGCGAUAUCGAUUCUCUUAACUGUUCCCGCCAGCAGCUGGCCUUAUCGCGGCACGGUGGGCGACAGAGAAUCGACGGUGUUGGUCGGCCCGGUUUACGGACUGUCACCUGUGAGCCUGUUGCCCGCAAAACCGGAGCUUUUGGGGACGGUGAUCCGUGGCCCUGCGACGGGAACCACGUUCGUCGAGGGAUCCUCCUCCGGCCCCGUCACCAUCGUGUCCCCUGGAACGCCCGCAAACGCACCCCGAACAACGCCAUCCCCGGCGCAAACCGUCGUCUCAGGUGCGCCGGAAGAUACGGUGCUCAUUAAAGGAGCCUCGGCUGGGGCGGUGACGUUGGUGGCCCCGUCUGACAAUUCUAUCGCCAAUAACGCGUCAGCCCAGGCUGAGGCGAAGAAAGGCGGCGGUGCAGCAGCGUCAGCUGCUGUUGCAAUCGAAAAUGCAGAAGAAUCGUCGUCGCCGCCAAUUAAGGAAACAAUAGGCGUAGCGUCGGCGAACGCGGUGAUAGGUCCCUCGACCGGGCCCAUAAUCAUCGCCGGUCCAACUGCUCCCCCCCUACCUAUUCCCGUUUCCACGUCCGAACAGCCAGUUGCUGCCACCGUUGUUGAGACGAAUUCUCACGAUUCUCUCAGCGUGACCUCCACCGCAACCGCCAAUCUCUCAGUUUCCGGCUCGAUAACGACUGUUGAACGAGCCGAGGAUGAAGGGCCCGGUCUAGCGACAGAUAGCACAGAAUCAAGGAAGAUCGAGGGUACGGCAUCAAGCACGAGCACCGUGACGACCACUUCCGGGAGCAUCACUACAGCAUCCGCAACAGCGAGAGUUAAUUUGAUUUCACCAGCGUCUACGAUCGCGGUCGGUCCCUUAAGUAACGUCGUCGUAUCGCCGACGAAAGCAUCGUCCGCGAUAGUUUCCGGCCCCUUGGGUGCCGUUUCAACCGCAAGUGUAUCUUCGCUGGAUCAGAUCAAGACGCCUCUUCAUCCAUUGUAGAGCAAACCGCGCAUCCUCCCUUUACCUGGCAAAUGCACGCGUUGACAUUGCGUUGGCGAUCGACGAGGGGGAAGGAUAACAAGGAGAUCGACUUUGCAUGCGACUUGGCAUUGAUGGCCGCCCAAUACAAUUCAAUACAAUGGAGAGAUUAUUAUUUUUUUCUAUCUUGUCCGAGCAUAGUACUACGGAUUUUUGUGUUGUAAUAAAGACUUGCUAAUAUGGAUAAGAA